CGUGGCUGCCGCGAUGCCGUCGAGCUGAUGGCUCCGUUCGUCUGGUUGCUGGCGGCUUGCUGCCUCCGGGCCGUCGCCGCUGGCAAUCCUGACGCGAAACGCCUCUACGAUGACCUGCUCUCGAACUACAAUAAACUGGUGCGCCCCGUCGUCAACACAACUGACGUGCUGCGGGUGUGCAUCAAGCUGAAACUGAGCCAGCUUAUCGAUGUUAACCUCAAGAACCAGAUAAUGACGACCAACCUCUGGGUGGAGCAGUCCUGGUACGACUACAAGCUUCGCUGGGAGCCCAAGGAGUAUGGCGGGGUACAUAUGCUACAUGUACCAUCAGACCACAUCUGGAGGCCAGACAUCGUGCUGUAUAACAAUGCCGACGGCAACUUCGAGGUAACGUUGGCGACGAAGGCGACCAUCUACCACCAGGGGCUGGUCGAAUGGAAACCCCCCGCCAUUUACAAGUCCUCCUGCGAAAUAGACGUCGAAUAUUUUCCGUUCGACGAGCAAACGUGCGUCCUAAAGUUCGGUAGCUGGACGUACGACGGAUUCAAGGUGGACUUGCGACACAUGGAUGAACAAGCGGGCAGUAAUAUUGUGUCCGUGGGCGUGGACCUGUCCGAGUUCUAUAUGUCCGUCGAGUGGGACAUACUUGAAGUGCCUGCAGUUCGGAACGAGAAGUUCUACACGUGCUGCGACGAGCCCUACCUAGAUAUAACGUUCAACAUCACCAUGAGGCGGAAGACCCUCUUCUACACGGUGAACAUCAUCAUACCCUGCAUGGGAAUCUCGUUCCUGACCGUCCUUACCUUCUACUUGCCUUCAGAUAGCGGGGAGAAGGUGACAUUAUCAAUAUCGAUACUAAUUAGCCUCCACGUGUUCUUCCUCCUGGUGGUGGAGAUUAUACCACCCACGUCCUUGGUGGUACCACUGCUGGGGAAAUAUCUCAUUUUCGCCAUGAUUCUAGUAUCUAUAAGUAUAUGCGUGACGGUGGUGGUACUGAAUGUACACUUCAGGUCGCCACAAACCCACCGCAUGGCGCCCUGGGUGAAGCGAGUGUUCAUACACAUUCUACCAAGACUGCUGUUCAUGAAACGACCGCAGUAUAAAUUUGAUACUACGAGAUCGCGUUUCACAACAUGCGGGGUAGUGGUCCGGUGCGGGGGCACAGCCCGCCCGCUGUACCCGUACCGGCUGGCAGCGGCGGACGACGACUGCAGCGCGCCGGGCGCGUGGCCGCCGCCCGCCACGCCUCUGCGCCCGCUCACACGCACGCCCAGCAAGGAGGACCUCACGCACACCACCUAUGUGCACUCGGGCAUAAGCGACAGCAACCGUUUCGGCGGUAGCUGCGUAGUGCACGGGUCCACUGAGGGCGGAGCCCUAGGGCCGCAGAUCGCCUCGCCGGACGAUGAGGCGCUCAGCCCUGUGCCUGAUCCACCUGGGUUCAGUCAUUCUGCUUGUCCUCCAGAAGUACAUAAGACGUGCUUCUGUGUGCGGUUUAUAGCGGACCAUACCAGGAUGCUAGAGGAUUCUACUAAGGUAAAAGAAGACUGGAAGUACGUAGCCAUGGUGCUAGACCGUCUAUUCCUAUGGAUAUUCACACUAGCAGUACUAGUUGGUACGGCUGGUAUAAUUUUACAAGCGCCAACUCUAUACGAUGACCGCGUGCCCAUAGACAAACACUUCAACCAGAUCGCCACAUCCACGCUUGUGAGAUGCCCACCGCCGAAUUAGUCAUGACCAUAGACAACCGGCUAUAGACUAUAGACCAGGAACUAUAGACAAUGGAAUAUAGACGACAGACCAGAGACGAUUGGAGAGAUGGAGAAGGAUUUACGUAAUAUUGCGUCAUGAGUGUUCCAUAUUCAAUAAAAAUAAUAUCACCAAUAACAGAAGAAUUUUGAAUGUUAAACCUUCGUAUGUAAUAAAAUCUGAUAACAAGAUAAUAUUUUCCAAUUUAUGUGUCUGUUUCUUUCUAAUCGAAACUUUGAAUGCAGAACAUUGAUCAACAUACUAGUAUAAUUUGCAUGAUAAUAUGAUGAAGUACAGACUAUAGGUAGUAUUUUUGUCCAUCAACGAAUAAUAAAUUUAAAAAUAUUGUUUUAUUAAUUAAAAUUAAUUUUUAGCACUAAAAAAAUAUUACAAUUUUUAUUUCUUAACACUA